CGUGAGAUGACCAGAGGAAGUCGGCUACCCUUUGUACCCAUCGGAGAUCCUCAGACAGAAGCCGCAGCUGCCUUCAGGAUGAAAUUCGGACCCACAGGAGGCCGGUGCACCAGACUGCAGAGGGGAGGUUGGCGGGAGCGCGCAUGCGUGGUAGGGUACCUCCACGUGCAGGCCGCGGGAGGCCUACCCCGCGCUCCGAGGCCCCGCCCCGGCCCCGCCCCCAGCCGCAGCAUCUUUCCGGACGCUCGGGGCCGGCUGGAAGGAAGGAGGUUGGGCCUCGCGACCCGGCCCCGCCUCGGCUCCCUCCAAUUGGGCAUGGGUGAAGGGAUCCCCUCCCACCCUCCUCCCAUUGGAGCGCGCGUGUGAGCGGCGCUCUCCAUUGGGCCCUGCGGAUUUGGGCACCAAAUUCAAAGAUUUUAAAAGUACCAGCUGGCGCCUUUUAGAAGCUAGAGCCCUGUGAAGCGGACCGCCUACUCCUCCGUAGUGGUAGCAGCUCCUUCUCACCUGAGGCAGGUCCCACUUGCACUGGCAUGAGCCGGCUCCCCUGCAGCUGUUCCCCACGGCCGCCCUCCGGUUCCUGCCGCUGCAGCUACAGCGCCCUGACAGCUGCCGGGCGCCCUCGCCCCUCGGACGAUUGUAAAGAAGAAGGUUCCACUCUCUCCGUCAAAAUGAAGUGUGAUUUUAACUAUAGCCAUGUUCAUUCUGGAGUUAAACCGGCAAAACCUGAUGAUGGUGGAAGAUGCAGUUCCUACACUCCUGCAUAUUUGGAAGGUUCUUAUAAUGACUGCAUUAAAGACUAUGAAAGGUUAUCAGAUAUUAGGUCUCCAAUCGUGAACUCCAGGAUCGUAGAGCUUGAAACUGAAGGCAAGCCCUUGCAUAAUAAGGAAAAUCAACAUGUGCAACAAACACUUAAUAGUUCAAAUGACAUAGAAGAACUGGAGACCAGUGGACCUUAUGAAGACAGUGGCUACUCUUCAUUUUCCCAACAAAGUGUCCUCAAUGAACAUGAAGACAGUAGUCUUACAUUGGUGGAAAAUUAUAGUGACAGUCCACAACCUUGCCUGCUACGGACAAAAAGCCCAGACCAAUAUCCUAACAAAAACUUGCUGCCAGCUCUUCAUUUUGCAAAAUUUGUUUGUUCAACAUUAAAAAAAAAUUGUAAACGAAAUCCUAAAAUAGAUCGAGAGAAACUGAAGGAAUUUGUAUCCAGUGGAAAUUUUAGACUACAGAAUAUAAUUGGCAGGAAAAUGGGCCUAGAAUGUGUAGAUAUUCUCAGCGAACUCUUUCGAAGGGGACUCAGGCAUCUCUUAGCAAAUAUUUUAACACAGCUCAGUGAUAUGGACUUAAUCAAUGUGUCUAGAGUGAGCACAACUUGGAAGAAGAUUCUAGAAGAUGAUAAGGGGGCAUUGCAAUUAUACAAUAAAGCAAUACAAAGAAUUACUGAAAAGAACAUUAAGUUUUCACCACAUGCUUCAACCAGAGAAUAUGUUUUAUUCAGAACCGCAUUAGCAUCUGUUCAAAAAUCAGCAACCCAGACUCUCCCUAAAAAAGAUACUCAAACCAAGUUACCUGAUCCAGGUGAUCAGAAAGGUUCUACCUUUAGUCGACACAGUGAAUUCUCUGAGGUUGCCAAGACUUUGAAAAAGAAUGAAAGCCUCAAAGCCUGCAUUCGCUGUAAUUCACCAGCAAAAUAUGAUUGCUAUUUGCAACGGGCAACCUGUAAACGAGAAGGCUGUGGAUUUGACUAUUGUACAAGGUGCCUGUGUGAUUAUCAUACCUCUGAAGACUGUUCAAAUAGCAAGCCUUUAAAAGCCAGUUAUAAAAUGGGUCCUCUGCCAGGUACUAAGAAAAGCAAGAAGAAUUUACGACGAUUGUGAUCUCUUAUUAAAUCAGUUGUAACUGAUCAUGAAAGGUUAGUUAGAAAAUGUUAGGUUUUAAUUUAAAAAAUAAAUGUAUUGUGAUUUUCAACUUUAUGUUGAAAUCAAUGGUUUUUUUUCCCCAACUGAUAAAAGAUGAUGCCCAACCUCUUAAAAUAUUUUACACUUUAAUAGGGAAAAGUUCAAAAUUCUCAAUAUAUAUCAAAAUUUAAAUAUUUUAAGAAAAAGGGAAAACAGUUACUUGAUGAUUGUGAUUCAGAGGCAAAAUAAAAUUGAUUCAAUUUUAUAGUAAAGGAAGACCAUGUGAUUUUACCUACAGUCUUCAGUGCCAAUCUUUUUACCAUCUAUUAACAUUUGAGACAUUUUAUUUGCUUUACCAAAUUAAUAAUACCUAUUGAAAUAUCAACUUCUGAUGUCUGUCAAUUUAAAUGUUUUGUCACCUUUAACCUCUUUUUCAGUGUAUUUCCCAAAAUGUUUUAUGA